GCCGCCAAUUUAUAGGGAACAAGUCCCUCAAUUGGCAGAGUACGUCGAAGAUGACUGAACAUGUGUUUUCGGACCGCUCAUGUCAAGAGUACUGUAUGACAAGAUGCCUACCAUCAAGCGCUGUGUGCAGAUAUGAUGUAAGAGAUGCCAUAACGUACCUCAAAGGCGAGUGGCCGGCUCGGGCGAGUGACCGGAUUUUGCCAAGACCACACUAAACUUCAUACAACCCGCGAUGUCUCAACGCAACAAGGCUAAAGCGCCUCAAAGGAAUCAGAUAUACAGCUUGCUAUCUAGGCUCUUAAAGACGCGACUC